GAACCCCCCAAAGAAGGCAGCCAGAUAUUGGCCGACGACAAGCCCCCAGUUCAAGCCAUGUCUAAUGUCGACCCAAAGGAAGGCGAGCUGAUGGUAGUCCUCCAUUCCCGUGCUCAAGGUGGCUCAUCGGGCCUCCAUUGUAGACUCGGGCCACGGCAAAUUCAGCUCGUUGCUAUCGGCGGCUCCAUCGGAACCGCGUUGUUUAUAGCUAUUGGAUCUGCCUUCUACAACGGCGGCCCCGCCAGCUUGUUGAUUGCAUUCAUUAUUGAGUGUACCAUGGUUGGAUUCCUCAAUAAUUACCUUGCAGAGAUGACGACCUACAUGCCUGUGAAUGGCGGUUUCAUCUCUCUCGCCGGAAAAUGGGCUGACGAUGCCUUUGGCUUCAUGGCCGGCUGGAAUUUCUUCAUUUAUAUGGCGUUGACGGUGCCUUUCGAGAUCUCCGCCGUGAAUCUCCUGUUAUCAUUUUGGAGAGAUGACAUCCCGGUGCUCGCAGUCUGUCUCGUCUGCAUUGCCGUGUACACGCUAAUCAAUCUCUUUACCGUCGGAACAUACGGCGAAGCUGAGUUCUGGCUGUCUGGGGGGAAAGUUCUCUUGAUCUUCAUCUUGUUUUUCUUCACCUUUAUUAAUAUGGUUGGCGGCAAUCCCCAGCACGACGCAUACGGCUUUCGAUACUGGAAAGAUCCCGGACCUUUCGCGAAUUUAUACGAUAAUGGCAGCCUCGGUCAGUUCGAAGGCUUUCUAGGCGCAUUGUGGGUCGCUAUAUUUACAUGCGUCGGGCCGGAAUACAUUUCAAUGGUGGCUGCUGAGGCAAAGCAUCCUCGUAUUUAUAUCAAGAGCGCGUUCAAGACGGUUUAUUGGCGAUUUGGCGUCUUCUUCAUUGGGGGUACCAUAUGCGUUGGAAUCAUUAUUGCCCAUACUGAUACUGGCUUAGUCGAGGCCAUCACAAGUGGAGAAUCGUCGGCUGCUGCCUCUCCUUACAUUCUAGCCAUGAAGAAUCUGGGGAUUAAAGGCCUCCCUGACCUUUGCAGCGCUCUCAUGCUCACGUCCGUCUUCUCGGCCGGCAACACCUACACCUAUGCUGCUACGAGAGCUUUGCAUGGUCUUGCAAUCAACGGCCGUGCACCCAAAUUCCUUGCCUACACGACAAAGAAGGGUAUUCCACUCUACUGUUUCGCAGUGGUUAUCGCCUUUUCGUUGCUAUCUUUGCUCCAAUUAUCAGGAGGAUCGUACCAAGUUCUAAACUGGCUUAUUUCCAUUACCACGGCAAACAUUCUGAUUGAUUAUAUUAUCAUCAUGGUCACAUACAUUUGCUUUUACCGAGCUUGCAAGGCUCAGGGGUUCGAUCGGUCAUCUCUUCCUUAUCUCGGUCAGCUGCAGCCGUAUAUUGCCUACGUCGUCUUUGCUUGGUUUGUUAUACUUGUCUUUUGCUUCGGUUACAAGAGUUUCACGCCAUGGGACGUGUCUAGCUUUUUCCUUUCCUACACAAUGCUGAUAUUAAACCCAUUGUGCUUUCUAUUCAAGAAGACAAGGUGGCUUUGUCCUAGCGAAGUCGAUCUCAAGUGGGAGGCAGACGCCAUUGCAGUAUACGAAGAAAUGGAAGAGGAGAUGCCUACCACAUUCUGGAGAGAAAUCCUUCGCUUGAUCGAUCCCCGUGGUCUUGUUCGUCGCGUCAAAGGGUUCAAACAUACGGCACAGCUUGCUCAAUCAGACUAA